AUGUUUGGUGCCAGUGAGGGUUCAUACUUGUGGUGUCUGCAACUUUCUUCUGUCUCCCUGAAGCUGCCUGCGGACUUCAAUUGCUUUCCAAACCUUAAAAAGCUUAUCAUGGUAGAUGUGGACAUCACAAACGAACAUGUCGAGUAUUUGCUGUCAAAAUGCAACCUUCUGGAGUUUAUUGAGAUUGCCUGUUGUAGAAUGCUCACAAGUCUACUGGCACGUCGCCCUCUAAACCGAUUGAAGCAUUUGAAGGUCCAGGGCUGCAUCUUAGUCCAACAGAUAGAGAUCAACUGUUGUCUGACAACACUCAAGUACUCAGGUCCAAUGGUUCCUUUACAAUUUGCUACAACUUCGAGUCUGAGGAAUGUGUGUAUUAACUUGACCUCUGACACUAAUGCUCUUGACUACAUCACAACGGGAUUCCCUAGUACUUUGCAAAAUCUUUUGACAUUUAACCUAUGGUGCAACGAGCACGAGAGGGCAAUUUCGCCUGUUAGGCCUCACAAAUUCGUUCAUCUUCGGCAUUUGAGGUUGGAGUUGAAUAUUUUUGGGGUUAAUGAAGACAGGAAGACUGAUGUCCUUGACUAUGCCUAUCUGCUGGAUUGCGCUCCUUCCUUGGAAAUACUGGAGUUACAUGUAAAUUCAAACUCUGAGAGUAUUCAUUCUUCAUUGAGUUUGAUAUUUGAGAUACUGUAG